AGUAGUUCCGGUGGUUUAGCAGCCGAGCGGAGCACACAGACCCGGGAUCUCCGUGUUGUUGAGUGCAAAUGUGAACAUAGGCUCUAGUCUUCCUGUCAUGACUGUGGAGUGACCACGGCAGCGGUCAGUGUGCCCCCCGCAGAGCUUUGAGCUGCAACACGAGUGACAGCGACAGAACAUCGCUGGAGCCUUUGCCUUCAAAGGGGAUUUUUUUUUUCAAGUGCAACACAGGCGUCUUGAUAUCUGAAGCGGAGCAGAUAUCCUGAGCCGUUUCAUAUUUACCCACGACGCAACAGCCACAGCAUUGGCUAGAAGAAGGACCUGUUAAAAUGACAUGGGGACGGACUCUCUCUUUCACUUCGGUGACUUCCUCAGAUGCUUUGGCCCAAAGAAGGAUGGAGAAGAAUGGGAAGAACAUGAGCCAAGGCUGAUGCUCAGAAUCCAAUCAGUGAGCCAACAGGAGAUCCUCCAAACGCCACGUCGCUGAGCCUCUCAACCUUACCCUCUGACCCCUUAACACACAGGCACCAUGACCUCAGAGCUAGAGAGCAGCCUGACCUCAAUGGACUGGCUCCCACAGCUCAGCAUGAGGGCAGCCAUCCAGAAGGCAGAUGCUGGACUACAUUACGGCUACCACCAUGGACACCACCUCCACCACCAUAGUCAUCAUCACGGGCAAGGACCUGGCAAAAAGAUCACACAUCUGGACCCAGGAACAAAACUUGACCAGGAGGAGGCUGCUCAGCAUAGAGACGGUAAACCACCCUACAGCUAUGCCAGCCUCAUCACUUUUGCAAUCAAUGGCUCGCCCCAAAAACGGAUGACCCUCAGUGAGAUCUACCAGUGGAUCUGCGACAACUUCCCCUACUACAGAGAGGCAGGCAGCGGCUGGAAGAAUUCUAUACGACACAACCUGUCCUUGAACAAGUGUUUUCUCAAAGUGCCUCGCUCCAAAGAUGACCCUGGAAAAGGUUCCUACUGGGCCAUAGACACCAAUCCUAAAGAAGACACAGUACCCAGCAGGCCAAAGAAGAGACCACGCUCUGGAGAAAGGGGGAGUAGCCAAUCAGAGCCUUCAUCUCAGUCCUUGAGCCUUCAGCAGUCUUCCAAGCUGCCGCCUGCCCCUCCUCCUGCACAGUCCCAGUGCGGUUUGCCAAUCCAGGAGUCACGGCACAAGCAGCCCUGCUUCUCAGACUUCGAGGACCUCAGCGCUUCUUUCCGUAGUCUUUACAAGUGUGUCUUUGAGCAGUCAUUCUCCCAGCAAGGUUUGAUAGGUAUACCUGGUGACUCCCACCUGCAGGUUCGGACUAACUGCUCCUACCAACACUCACUAGGUGCUGGAAGUGGUGGCGUCCACCACCACCAAAACAACCAUGGUCAGAUGUCACACCACCCCUACCACCCUCAGCAGCACAUCCAGAACAAACACCACCCAGCUCAUUCCCAGCAGCACCCAUCUCUCUCCAACCCAAAUCAUGCCGGACAGACCUGCCCAACAACAGGCAUUUCAUCAGACUGUUACCCCAACCUAGACUGGCUGAAGGAGAGCUGCCGGAUUGCUACCAGCUACAACUGGGCUGAUGUAGACCUCUCCCCAUUUCAAGGUCUGAAGAAGAGUAUGCAGCGGGCUGAGCUAAACAACUGGUCACUGGACACUGCCACGAUUGCCGACCUCUGUUCCUCCAUUAACAAGUUUUUUACAGCCACGGGGGUCAUCCCCCCUCAAGGUGCCGCCCACCCACAACCUCAGGUCCAACACCCCACACUUCCAGUAACACCACAGCACCCGGCUCAGCAGCAUGGGGCAAUGCACUCGAAGGCCAGCCAACACACUCAGCACGGGCAACACAACCAACAUAACCAACACAUGAGCAUGGGGAACAUGUACAUGGACUCAAGACAGAGCAUUUCCUCUCUGAUGGGCCCACCAGGAUACCCCCACAUGCCUCCCAUUAGCAACACGGCUCCAAACAUUACAGGACAUCUCAGCCAGCUGAGCCAGCAGCAGCUACAACCCAGGCUGCCUCUGGGACACUUCCAGGUAAGACGCAUGCUCACUGCAGAUGACAUCCAGGAUGACUUUGACUGGGACUCCAUCGUCUAAACUGACUAACUGCAAGAGACAGAGACUGCAAAAAGACGCAAUGUCAGGUGACGUAUGAUACUAGCCGACCUGCUCCUUUCACCUCUGAGGAAGUUACGGAAGACAAUCGAACAGAAAACAAACAGAAAAUAAACUUUUGUGAUCUUUCUGGUACAAGUGGACAUGGAGUAUAAAGACAAUCACUACAAAGUGACCAAGCCAAGCUGUAAACACACUGUCUAAAGCAAGAAAGACUGAAGCUUUCUGAAUUUUCUUGUUUUGCACCAGUGCAAAGAGGCUUACAAGUGUUGUCAAAUUGUCUCUGAAUUAUUUUAUUUUUGGUUAUUAUUUUUGUUUACUUUUAAAACUCAAAGUGUAUGAUAUCUGCAAAGUUUAAGCCCCGUAUCUCCAAAAUCCAUACAAAAAAUCCUUCAACAUCAGGCCUGACCUUUUCUUCUUUCUUUCUUUGUUUGCUUUGGGCCUUCACGACUACAGUAGAAAAGAGGAUUUUUGACAGAGAAAAUAACAAGGUUUAUCUGUUCAACUUACAUAGUAAUGGCACCACCUUUUGGUUAAAAUAGGCACCAUAUAAAGUAGCUUCCUUUGCCUGAUAUAGUUCUAUGCACCACAAUCUGUUUGAUCUUUCUCAUCGCUUGGUCACAUUGGAUACUUUAUAUAUUACUUUUUAUAUUUAUUUUAUCAUUUUUAUUUUUGUAAACAUAGUGAAUUAAUGAUGGGGAAAGCAGUUCUUUUCAGUGUACUGAAUCAGUUCAGUGAAGUGAUUUGUUCAAAGGAUUCAUUCACUGAAUCUUUCAGUACUUCUCCGCAGCUCUGCCUGCGAAUCAGAAUUUAAUAAGCUGAAACACGGCCAAAUGUUUAGUUCUGCUCGCGAUCGUACUGAGAACGGCCGGUGGUGAGUAAUAAACUAAUGAGCUGAGAAUUUAGUUGGAUAAAGCUGCAGUUUGAAAACUGAAAGCUGCUAAAACAAUCACAUUUAUUUUC